GGCAGCCAUCUUGUUUAGCUGGACUGACUACCACCCACUUCCUGCGGUCCGCAAGGUGUGAAGCGGUGGAUUGUCAAGGUGGUCGGGUCGUCUCUGUGGCCCAAAAGUGCAUUAUUUUUGACAUUGUUUCACAAAUCAGGCAGCACAAUGGCUGGCCAAAGCAUAAUGGACCGUGUGGUUGCCGCUAGGCACAGUAUUGCGGGCCAGGGACUGGCAAAAUCAGUUUGUAAAGCAACAACAGAGGAAAUCAUCGGACCGAAGAAAAAACAUCUCGAUUCGUUUCACCCAGUACCUUGCCUCCAACAACUGCUCCUUCAACCUCAGUGGCUUUGUGGACAAGGGGGGAGUACAAGGAUAUGAUAUGUCAACCUACAUACGACGGUAUGCCAAAUAUCUCAACGAGAAAGCUGUGUCCUACAGACUUAUGGCAUUUGACUUUUGUAAAGUAAAACGAGGGAAAGAGGAUGGAUUACUUAGGACAAUGAACACAGAAAAGCUCUUGAAAACGUUGCCAGUAUUACAGCAACAGUUGGACGCGUUACUGGAAUUUGAUUGCACACCCAAUGAACUGACCAAUGGCGUGAUAACAGCCUGCUUCAUGUUGUUGUUCAAAGACCUCAUCAGGUUGUUUGCCUGCUACAAUGACGGCAUUAUUAACUUAUUAGAAAAAUAUUUUGACAUGAAUAAGAAGCAGUGUAAAGACGGUUUGGACUUGUACAAAAGGUUUUUGGUCCGCAUGGAUAAAGUAUCAGAGUUUCUUAAAGUUGCAGAGAACAUGGGAAUCGACAAAGGAGAUAUUCCAGACUUGGCAAAGAGUAUAAAAGGAAAUGCCAAAUCAGCCCCGGCCAGUCUGCUGGAUGCCCUGGAGCAACACCUGGCCUCACUGGAGGGCAAGAAAGGCGUGGCCACCACGCCCACCAGUGCCAGCAAACCGGCCGGCUUUGCCUCAGCACUUAACACAAUGACCACCAACACAUUCAAUGUCUCGGAAGCUGAGAAGAAGAAAAUCUUGGAAGAGGAGACCCAGUACUUGCAGAAACUAAAGGCUUCGGAUGAGACUCAACCCAGUGUUGAGCCUGAAGGAGAAGCCGGCGGGGAGAAUAUUUUUGAGCUGAAAGCCAAAGAGUCCUCGUCCCCCCAGCAGGCCCAAGCCUCCUCAGCCAACAACCCCUUCACCGCCCCCUCCCCAGCCAGCAGUGGCGCCCAGGCCAACUUGUUUGGUUCACCCACCGACCCCUCGGGGCCGACCUCCUCAUCCUCGGCUGCCGCAGGGGGUGGGGCUAAGCCCAGCGACGACCUCCUGAGUCUGGGCGGUAACCCCUUCAUGGGCAACGUGCAGACGGCCAUGGCCUCCGCGUACACCGCCCCACCGCCAGCCGCCAACAACAACCCUUUUGGCACCGCCGGCUUUCAGACUAAUGGCUUCACGGCGGCCCCAGCAGCCACCAACAACGGUGGCGGCAGCUUUACGUCAGAGGCUGACUUUGCCAAAGUGUUCAGCAACGGAGGCACCAAUGCUCAAGCUGGAUCAGGAUUUGGUGCAACCCCCAGCAUUGCCCAAGUAGCUAAGGCGCCCCCAGGACUGGAACUGGCGUCACCUCUCGACCUCCUGGACGGGUCUGGAGGCCAGAGCGUCUCCCCCGGCCUGCCCUCUGAGUUUGGAGCCGGCCCGCUGCAGCAGCCCUCCCCGGCGCCCCCUAGUGGUGGAAGCCCCUUUGCUGAGUUUGAGACCAGCGCGGAAUCCCAUAACAUCUCCCCGACCCCCUCUCCCAUCCCCGGGUUUGGAACCCCUAGCCCCCUGAUGGGAAGGGCCCCCUCCCCUCUCAGUGGCUUGGAUGAUUCGGCCAAUCUGUUUGGCCCGGGGGUACCCGCCCCACAACAGCCUCCCAUGCCGGCUGGCCUGGGAGGUCCCCCAACAGUAUCGCCCUCUGGUGGCUUUUUCGGUGGCCCCGCCCCUGUGAUGCCUGGUAUGGGUAUGGUGAGCAGCGGUGGCACAGGCCAGUAUUACGGUCAACCUAUGGCCCAGCCCUCCGUGCCAGUGGCCAUACCAGGGGCCAACAUUGCGAGCGCUCGGGCCGGAAUAGGAGCCCAGGCCCCCGGUAGCCCGUCCCUGUCUAUGGGUGUGGGUGGGUCGCCCGUGCGUAUCAUGACCCGCGGUGGGAAGUCUCCCGCAGCCUCUCUCUCUUCUUCCCCAUCGGGCCCAGGACUAGAGGACGCAGUCAAGGCCCUGGGUCUCUCCAUGUCGCCCUCGAAAAGCGCGGCGGGCAAGUCUAUGGGUGGCGCAGCAGGGGCCACAGCCCGUCCCGUGUCUCCUGGACAUGCGAUGGUUUCAGCUGGCGGCCUGCCCCCUAUGGGCAGUGGUUACGUGAUGACAGGGGACGGGAUGGAGGGGGGGCAGCAGCAGCAGCGGGCUCCAGACGAGGUCGGUGCGGAGAAGGAAGCGAACCUGUCAGGUCAAGGCCUCAGUGCUGGGCCCUCACCAGUAGUCCCAGGCCCUGCCUCAAGUUUUGACGCAUUUGGCGAUGUGCUGCAGCCCAUGAACAAGAGUUCUCCAAACCAUGCAGCGCCGAAUCAGCCUCAGGCACAGGGCCUAGGUUCGGACCUCGACUCCUCCCUGGCCUCCCUGGCCACCAAUCUCAGUGUCUCCGGUGGGGCCAGCCAGCUCAAAAAAGACCACCAGUGGCAGCCUAAAGGAGAGAGCAAGCUGACGGGUGGCAGUGCAUUCCAGCGACAGCCGAUAGCCCAGUCCACCACGCCCGCCGCGCCCGCAGCCUGGGGACAGCCGGGCUUCCAGCAGCCGGGCAUACAGCCAAUGGGAGCGCCUGGUGCUCCAAUGAUGUACAACCAGCCUAUGGGAGCCCCCAUGGGACAGCCCAUGAUGCAACCCAUGAUGGGAAUGCCCCAACAGGGCAUGGCGAUGCCUGGCAUGUACGCAGCUCCGCAACGUAUGCCGAUGAUGGGCCCAGGCUUCCAGCAGCCACAGCAGCCUCAGCCGCAGCCGGGAGCAGGCGGGAACGUCAAUGACCCCUUUGGAGCUUUGUGAGACAGGUCAGGAGGCCGGGUUUGAGAUUAUCUGACGUUAAGACAGGAGUGCCAGUGUGGCCAACUGAAGCAGACCAAGUCGUUAUGCAUCUAGCUUUGACGUAUAGACUGUUGAAGCUUUCCUUUUUGAUUACUCUCUCUCUCAAAGUUUUUUUUUGUGUGGGAUUGUUCAAACUUAACUUAUUCCCAUUCUCUGCUCAUCUCUCAUCGA